ACUAGUGGAGAGAUCAGUGAUCGGCCCCCUACAAACUCUGCGCUGCAAAGAUACCAUAGUUGAAAUAAUAAGUAAAAUAAUUCGUCCCCUUUCUUCAUUUUUUUUUAUGUAUUCGCUUCCGGAUUUCUGGUUGGUUUACAUUUUCCGAACUCGUAGUAUUAUUCGCCGAAUAGACCUAUAAGUGGAUAAAACAUGGCAGCACAACCUCUCGUCAUAAGAAUAAAAACACAACAUGGAGAGGACGUUGAUUGGACAGUGCAGCUUGGUCAAUUGUCAUUUCAUGAAGUCUUGGAGGUUAUAGCUCAAGUUCUACAAGACAACACCCCUGCAGCUUUUGAGUAUGAAGAUGAGGAUGGAGACCGUAUCACUGUACGAAGUGAUGAUGAAAUGGAAGCCAUGAUCAACUAUUACCUAUCACUCCUAGCUGAAUGUGAAGCAAGGCGGGUAAUGGCGCCCCCUCUCAACAUAUACCCACAAGUUAAAGCCGGCACAAGGAAAAAUAUACACAACCUCACAGUCAACACAAGGCCAGCUGGAGCAGUGCCAAAAGGAGCAGAUAGUGGAAUAAGUUUAGGAUAUGGGAGGCAUGAUGCUGAAUUAAGAGAAAUUCUUGCCAGUGGCAGGAUAGUAGAAACAGAUAUAAUGCACCUUGAAGUCUUAGGAAGGGGUCACAGUGGGCAAGUUUACAAAGCUAAACAUGUACCAACAAAUAAUGUGAUGGCAGUGAAGGUUAUACCACUGGAUAUCACCCCCGAAGCUCAGAAGGAAAUCUUAUCAGAGUUACAAAUCCUAUACAAGUGCGAUUCACCUUUCAUCAUUGGCUUCUAUGGUGCUUUCUUCACAGAGAACAGGAUCUCAAUAUGUACAGAGUUUAUGGAUGGAGGUUCAUUAGAAAUGUAUCGCUGCAUUCCAGAAUCAAUAUUGGGCAGGAUGACAGUCUCAAUAGUCAAGGGCUUGAAUUAUCUAUGGAAUUUGAAAAUAAUGCAUAGAGAUGUGAAGCCUUCCAAUAUCUUAGUCAACACACAAGGAGAAAUCAAGUUGUGUGAUUUUGGAGUCAGCGCUCAACUAGUCAGCUCGAUAACAAGGACAUAUAUAGGAACCAACGCAUACAUGGCACCUGAGAGAGUUUUAGGAGACGAGUAUGGAGUUCACUCAGAGGUUUGGAGCUUGGGUGUCUUCUUAUUAGAGAUGGCAACUGGUAGAUUUCCAUAUCCAGUAACACCAAGAGAACAUGAAUUAUCGCCUAUUGAUCUUCUGCAAUGCAUCGUACAUGAGCAUCCACCAAGGUUACCAAGCGACAAGUUCUCAGCACCCUUUGUUGACUUUGUAAACAGAUGUCUUCAGAAGCGACCAGGAGACCGUCCAAAGCCUCAGGACCUGAUGCAGCACCCAUUCAUCCGGAUCUUCGCUGACGGCAACAAGCAGAUCAUCUCAGAGUGGGUUUGUCAGGAGCUUCAGGAACUCCGGUUACGAGGGAUGGUUAAAGGGCUCUGAGGGCAGGAGCCAAGGAUCACCGAAGGCCUUCUCAAAAAGAAUUUCAGAACAUCUGACCGAAGACACUAUCUAAUGCUUACAUGCAAUGGAUAGUUCCUAUACCAAGAAAGGUGGUCUUUUUUAAAGUAGUUUUCCCCCCAGAUUGGUCAGAGGAUGUCUUGGAAGUACUCCAAUUUCUUGGAGGGAACUUACAGGGUUUCUGAGGACAGUAUUCUGAAAACACUACUAAGUAACCAAUUAUUAUGUCUGUACCUUGAAUAGUCAAAGAACUUUUGAAUGUUCCUCAGACAUAAUGAAGGAUUGACAAUGUGUGACAGAAAAACCCUUCAGGAAGCACUACCAGAUAACUAGUUUUUCAGUCUAUUAGAAAAAGAUACCUUUCUUCAUGGAGGUGUUUCACGACAGUUGUGAGCACUGACUAAAUCGGUGACGACAAAUUUCUUAAAACAUUGCCCGGGAGUUUAACGUUCAUCUGUAACAUGGGUGAACACUGGUGCUGUUGCUGAAUGGCAGUGGAUGUCGAGGAUGACCUUCUAAUGGGGCGUUGCAAAAACUAUAAAUGGGGUGUUGCAAAAAACACAUGUUUCAAAUCAAGUCCUCUGUCAUAAACUUUUUUGCAAGGCCUCAUUAUGCUUGGUUGUGGGACGCACCCUUGAUUUUCAACUACAUGUAUAAGACCAUUUUGAAUAGCAAGCAACCAAAGUCAUGAGCUCAGGUAGAGAGGUAUGUGUAUCAUACCAUUCUGAUUCGGGGUAUGUAAGGGCGAUGGUUGUUUAACACAGUAAGUUUUCUAUGAACUCUUUGCUGGCCACUCAAAAGAACUUUAGGAGAGCAUUUCAUUACGUUUUAUCUUAUUGACAAGUCCAAUUUUAUCUGAUAAUUACCAAAGGAACAUGGCUUCUCAGCCAAUAAAAAUAAAGGGAAGUUGUCAGAUUUGACAACUUGUCAGACAAAAAUGUAGAUGAAACGCUCCCCAGGUAUGUGCUUUAUAAAGCUAUAUGGUGUAUCCCUAUAGCUGUCUUAGCACCUACGACCGUGUUCCAGUCAGGCGUUAAGUCAUGUGUAAAAUUACGAACACCAAUAUGAAACCACCACAAUAUAUUAGGGUUCGCUAAUCAGGGACUUUUAUAAUGUUGGUUUUAGUCACGCUGAGUAAGAUUAUUUUACUUUUUUGAAUUUUAAAACAGUUAUAGAACAAAGUUGUAGUAUGAGCCAAUGAUAAUAAGCUGCUGAUUCAAUAUGGGUACAAGUCUUCUUUCCUUUUUGUGAGAAUGCCUUGGCACAUUGCCCUUCAGUUUUAGCUUUAAAAAACAGAAAGAUAUUUCUGGGAAUUUCUGCUUUUUUACCCCAUUACAUCAUUGUUUGAAAUUUGAAAUUGAUUUCAAGUGUUAUUGUAUUUUCUCUGUAUUCUCUCUUUUUUCUAAAAUGGCUUAACGUCCACCUUGAAGAAAGCAAUUAUGGCUAGAUGGGUUAUUAAAGGGGGCAUUCACCCUUACAAAAAUGUUAUUGUAAAAAUAGCAGAAAAAAUACUAAAAAAUAUUGUCGAAGGUUUGAGAACAAUCCAUCAAAGAAUUAAAAAGUUAUUAGAAUUGUAAUUAUUUGAUUUGUGACGUCAUAUGCCAGCUGCAUUCUUACAAAGCGAAUGGCAAAAAAACAAUGAAAUGUAAUUUUCUUCGAAAAUUGAAAAGGGUUUUACUGUACCUUUUGUAUAUCAAUGGAAAAAUGAUUUCUUACCUGAUCAUGAAUAGAAGCAUUAAAAAAAUUAAAUUCAUGCAUUUAUAUUACAUAACAUAUGAGGCAGCUGCUCGUUUAUAACGUCACAAAUCCAAAACUUAAAAUUCAAAUAACUCAAGCUAUACGGAUUUUCCUCAAACCCUCACCAAUAUUUUCUAUUAUUUUUUUCUGCUAUUUUUACAACAAACUUUUCUUCAGGGUGAAAUUCCCCUUUAAAAGCUAAAAAUUGCAAACAGUAACUGUUUUAUUUAAUUGGCCCAUCUGCUACAGUGUGUACAGAACAAAUAUCUAAUCUUAUCAAAUCAAAUGAUUCUGUUCCCUUGUGUCAUGUUGAAUUUGUUUUAUGUCAGGAAGGACCAGAUUCUUGCCAUAUUUUCCUUAUUCUUUGUCAUAUGAAGCUAAUCGUUUUGUUUUUAAUGCACUAUUACAGUGUACAUGGUAUGUCUUUUUACAGUGUCUUACGUCGCUUUUGACUCAGAUACAUAUAUAUGUAACUGUAUCUAUACUUCAAAAAUUUGUAGAUGUGCUUUUAACCAGCAUAUUUAUUUUAUAUUGGAGGCUUGUGUGUGGGGGAGUUAUGGCCUGAAUUCACAGAGCGUUUUAAUUGAACCGUGGUACAAAACCAUGGAUAAUGCAGAUAUUACGUACACAAUUACGGAUAUUUCACUUGUGCUCUCAAAGAAAAGUCCAAUGAAAAAUGGCACUAUAUUCAUGGUUCAAUGAUACAAGAAAUCUACAUUCUAUGGUUUUGUACUUUCCUACAAUGGAAACCACCUGUGUGUUUCUAAUUAGAUAAAUGUAAAUGUCAGUGUGAUAUAUGAUGUGGCAAUACGAUGACAACUUCAGUGCCUCCACAUGUCAAACAUGCCAGCUAGCAUAAAGGAAUCUGACCAAUGCAAUUAGGUUCCGGUAUCGUUUUUUCUCAGUUUCAAUGUUUUUAUGAAACAAGCAACAUCUGGUGUGGACCAGUUAUAACUAAAGGGAGACACACCAUGGAACUUGCCAACAUUAGACAAGGCUAUGGCAAAACUAACUUUUUUUAAGGUCCAAGGUCCUAUUUGGUCUAUGAAUUUUGGCUGUAUUAUCUUUCACAAAACUUACAUACAUGUAUAAUGGUCAUCAAAUUUCAGCAAAUGGAGUAAUUUUAGGGUCAUUAAACUGGUAUAGUUUAAAAAGGAAAUAUUGACAAAACUUUUGGAAUUUUGAUUUUCAGUAGUUUUGACAGUACAAGCCCUGAGACUCUGUUUUACUGCAUCAAUGUACUUAUCACUUUUUUUUUUGCUAUUACAUAAUUCCUCAGGGGUACAAAAGUUUGGCAGCUGUACAAGAGGAGAGUGACAGAAGUAAAAGCAAAAGGAAGAAUUGAGGAGUAUAAUGUCCUAAAUUAUAUUUAUGGAAAGCUUUAGAUGCACAGUGAUGUACACUAGUAUUUCCUUAAUAGCUAUAUAUUUGUAUUCAACAUAUCUAUGUUUUGAUUUGUUUAAUGUAAGAAAUCAAAUUCCACUGAAUAUUAUGUAUCACUUGGUAUGAUAUCUGUGUCAGUUUAGAUUUGUAAUUAGCCAGCAGUGUAAUAAAUACAGUUCAAGAGAAUAUUUUCAUAAAUGUAUGCAUUGUGUUAAUGAAUAAGACAUAAAUAAAUGUGAAAUAAAAUAAA